AUGGCGGCGCCCACGACUAUCACGAAGCUCCCCGAGGUGCUCCGCAGCCCUACCUCUCUGCAAUAUCUUUCAUACAGACAGCCGGUCAAACACUCCAGCCCAUACUUCAAACCCAGAUUCACCUUUAAGUUCGAAGACAGGAAACAUACGUUGCUGGACAUUUACCGCUUGCGACAUACGGACCCCUUGAUGCCGCCCUACCCCUACGGCGAGAAUAAACAUUUUCCUGAAGCAAAUUUCGGUCUCUAUGGUGGUGCCACAGUACAAUCUGGAAGUAAGAUUUCCAAGGGCAGAAACAAGGGAAAGUCCUUGCGACAUUGGUUCCCCAAUGUCCGGGUCGAGACUGUCAGGAGUGAAGCUUUGAACAGAGACCUCAAGAUCCCCAUCACUGCUCGAGUCAUGAGGACUAUCAACAAAUGUGGCGGAAUAGAUCAAUAUGUCACUGGAAUGAAGCCUGCCCGAAUUAAGGAGCUGGGGAUGUUGGGCUGGAAGCUUCGAUGGCUGGUCAUGACAUCCCCAAAAUAUCGUUCAGAGCAUGCUAAACAAUUGCAAAAAUUCAACCUUCCCAAACAUUACUCCCUAUCGGGCUCCUUCGAGGACGCGUGGAACGAUGAGGAGGUCAGGGCAAAAAUGAUUGAGCAGCAAGAAGCGGCGUGGAGCGAACUUCGAGAGGCGGCGGACCGAUUUGAAAAGCAUGUCCAGAGGAACUGGAUCGAGAGCGGAGAGAAAGAGACUUACCGGAUUCCGAAACUGGAGACGCUCAAUCGCAGCAGCCCGCUCUCUCUAGGCCUGCCACAGCAUCUAGAAGAACCGGAUGUUGUUGACAAAAAGUACAGACACCUCAGGACUUUCAAAAAGCCUGUGGGAGACUAUGUGCAGGCAGUCUCAACAGAAGCUACCGCUGUUGAAGAUAGCGGCCCAGCAACCAAGCGCAACCAGGAGGCAAUGGCAUAUGCUGAAAACAGCUCAGGAGACAUUGAACAUCAUACGGAAGCGAUCACAACGAACGCGAAAUCUCAAAAGCUUGAAGAAAAGCCUUGA